GUACUGGCAGCCAAAGCCCUCCUGGAGGUCAAGCUAGCAGGACCCCAGAAUAAAAAGACUUCAUCACUCAGGAGCUAUCCUGAUAAUGUAAUUAUUGUGAUACACUAUAAGUUGGAAUUCUCUGGAAGCAUAAAGAAGACUCCACCUGGCCUUCAUGGCUCAUAACCAGAAGAACAGCAAAAGGCCAGGGGCACUGGAAACUCUUCUGGUGCCACAAGUGCCCCAUGGAAAUUACUUGCAACUUCUGGAAGAGAAACAGAGACUGAAGCUAAAGAAAUUCCACCUUCAUAGGACAUUUCUAGUGGCCAACAUAAAAGGAAACAUGGAGAAAAAACAAAUUGCUGAAUACUAUGACCAAGUCUUUCAGUCCAUUUUAAAAAAUCAUCCAGUGGAAGCAGUGACAGGGUUAUUGCUCAUCUACCCCACCUCUAUGCUGCUCAUCCUUGAAUCCUCCAAUGGGACUCUUCAGCAAAUUCUUUUAGAUUUUCUCAGCCAUGAAAGGGAGGAAACCGAAUUUUGGAUUCAAAAAAUCAAAAUUGUCGUCAUUUCUCAUAACAUCCCAACAAGGCUCUUCAUGCAGUGGCAUGUUUCAGCAGUAAGAGUGCCGAUUAUGUAUCUUGAUGACAUGACCCAAUCCCAGUCCCUGAAGGAGAUCAUCACAGAUUUUCUUACCCGGACUCAUAAACUGGCACUUCACCUUUUCAAGACCCUUAAAGGGGGUACUAAAGGACUAGAUGAUAAUUUGCACCAAGCUGCACCUGAUCUGCUCCCCUCAGAACAAAUCAUAAAGUAUUUAUGUAAAUCUGAAGAACUCACAGACCCAGAAACUUUCCUAAGCAUGUAUAACAAACCCAUAGAUGUCACCUUGGAUUCUGAGGUGGUGUGGCCAGCUCCUUCCAAAUUCUAGGACUGAGAGAGAAAAUGCAGUCUGAUCUUUAAGAGAGGUGUGCUAGCUAAAUAAAGGAAAACUACCUUUAUUUUACCAUUACUCCUCUUAUUCUUCUUUUAA